UGCCCGGACCGCACGCCCCGCAGCUCGCCGUCCCCCGCACGAUGGAGCCUUGGGCGGAAGCGCAGAGCCGACGGGAGGCGCAGGAAGCCGGAGGACGCGGAGGAGGAUGAACGCCGUCCGGACCGCAGGCCUGAGAGCUUCACCACUCCUGAAACUCAUAAGCCCCAUUCUAGAUGUUCAGACUGGGCAAGUGCAGUUGAAGAAGAUGAAAUGAGGACCAGAGUUAACAAAGAAAUUGCAAGGUAUAAAAGAAAACUUCUCAUAAAUGACUUUGGAAGAGAGAGAAAAUCUUCAUCGGGAAGUUCUGAUUCAAAAGAGUCUACAUGUGCAGUUCCUGCUGACGUGGAGACAGAUGAAAGUGUCCUCAUGAGAAGACAGAAGCAGAUCAACUAUGGGAAGAACACCAUUGCCUAUGAUCGCUACAUUAAAGAAGUCCCCAGACACCUUCGACAGCCUGGCAUCCACCCCAAGACCCCCAACAAAUUUAAGAAGUACAGCCGGCGGUCAUGGGACCAGCAGAUCAAGCUCUGGAAGGUGGCGCUGCAUUUUUGGGACCCUCCGGCUGAAGAAGGAUGUGAUUUGCAAGAAUUACACCCUGUGGACCUGGGGGAAAUGGAAACAGAAUCCACAGAAAGCAGCUCAGAAUCCCAGGCGAGCUCACAGGAUAACUCGGAUGUGUAUUCCGGCACGCCCACAAAAGUUAGACACAAGGACUGCCAAUUGGAAGAUGAAUUUGAUUUGGAAGCUUGUUUGACUGAACCCCUGAGAGACUUCUCGUCCAUGAGCUAACUGCCACCCGGCGGCCAUCAAGAGAAACAGUUGCCUCCAUCUAGUCCUGGGAAGGCCAGCCAGGCACCACGCGUGCGGUAUGCACUUCUACCGGGAUGGUUCCCGUUAAUAAUUCACUUAUCUCAUGAUGAGCUGUUAUUCUUGCCUUAUUUGUACAGUGUGUGUUCUGCAUGUUUUAAAUUGUGAGUGUACCUUAAUCUGAGAAAGAUCGAAUGUGAAACAGUCCUGAAACAAAUUUAGUUGGUUAAUGCCCACCGAGCUCCUUUCUCCAAAUCUGACCGCCUGGUGUGCUUGAACUGUCAGUUCCUGUUAUGAGGUGGGUUGUGAUCUGACUGUGGAUUCAUGGGAACAAUGUAGAGUUAGCUUUCUCUGCAAGUAUCUUGACAGGAUUCUCAGAGGCAGAUGCCUUGGGUAACUUUUGAAACUCACUUUCUGGUCUUCUAUCAGUAUGUCAAACCAGGUUUUGUUUGUUGUACAGAACUCUGAAAGUCAAAGAUGUUAAACUGGAUUGUUAAUGGGUUCUAUAUAUAAGUUAUGCAGUUUUAACUUGAUACUUGUAAAUAGCCCUAGUUAGGAUCUUAACCUAUAUAGUACCCUGAGUGUUAAGGGAAUGUGGAUUUAGACUAUUUUUUGUUUGUUUGUUUUUUUGGUACCGGGGAUCAGACUCAGGUCCGUGGGCUUUCGAGGGCGGCACCACUGAGCUAAAUCCCCAGCCCCUAGAAAGAACAUUUUUUUUUUUAUAGUCAAUUAAUGUACCAUGUAAAAUUGCUGUAAAUGAUAACAUGUACAGAUUCUUUGUUCAGAUAAUCAGUUGUAAACUUAAGACUGUUGUGUUUCUAUUGCUUUUGUAUGGAAUGAUAUCUGCAAAAAUAAAAUGAAAGGAACCACCU